AUGAGCGACGAGAGGGUGAAGGCGGAGGCGCUGCAGAUCCUGGGCCUAUUCCAGGUGCUCCCCCGCCUCGUCGUCUUCGACCUCGACUAUACCCUCUGGCCCUUCUACUGGUCCGUCUCGUCUCCUUCCUCCCGCCCUCUCUUCUCAGUUCUCCCAACCCAGCUUCGCUGCGACUGCCGGUCCAAGAGAGAUUCGCCGAGCCUUUUCAAGCACGCCAGGGGCAUCAUGUACGCCCUCAAGGAGAAGGGGAUCGACAUGGCGAUUGCGUCUCGCUCGCCCACCCCGGACAUAGCCAAGGUGUUCCUCGACAAGUUGGAGCUCCAGUCCAUGUUCGUCGCCCAAGAAAUAUUCUCCAGCUGGACUCACAAGACUGAGCAUUUCCAAAAGAUCCAGAGGAAAACUGGAAUUCCCUACAAAUCCAUGCUUUUCUUUGAUGACGAGGACAGGAAUAUUGAUCCGGUAUCAAAUUUGGGGGUGAAGAGUGUUUUAGUAGAGAACGGGGUGAACCUUGACAUGUUUAAGCUGGGUCUCAGUAACUUUGCAACUAACUAUGCUGCCUCCAGCAGAAAGGAAGACAAGUAA